GUCUGUUUGUUAUGCAGAAGCUCGGUGUUUUGAAAAUACUCGCAAUGCAUUACAAAUAACCGCGGCAUAAAUGAUAAGCCAAUGGUAACUCUUUGCUCCCCAGUUGAAAACGUUCGUUGUUAGCCGUGCAAGCUAUUUCUUAUCGAGAAUAUUUCCAAAAGAAGCAUGUGUCCUAUUAGUCGUGUUUCAACAAAUGUCACGGUUUCGUAUCAUAUUCAAAGCGUGCAGAAGUCUUGGUUUAACAUCCGUUUUUUUCUAUUGGCCAAUUGAGCAGGUGCCAUGGCCUAUCUUUGUCCAAAAUGACAACCCCUACGCAUUUUCUGUCAGAACGUCCGAGGUAGAAUCCUCACUGGAAAAAUCAAAUGUUCUUUUUUACAGAGAAUUUCUAGAUUUAGUUUCGAGAAAAGGCUGAACACGGGCCAGGAAAACUGCACAGUCGUAACUUUUUUUGACGGAUAUGAAGAAAAUCAUUUCCACGGCUGAAAACUGUUGAUUUACAAUUAAUCCCGAGAUGUAAUUUACGACGACACAACUCAAACAAAUGCAAAUUUUGUAAUUUAAGGACGUGCGCUUUCUCGUCAAACGAAGCAAACAAUAAUUUUCAAAGUCAGAUUCAGUGAAAAGCUUCUAAACUUAACUAAACACUGAAGAUAGUGCUGAUCGCGCUGAGAGCUGAGCGUCCGCAUAACAGUUUAUCUUUAACAUGGCAUCCGCACGGGUUAUUUCUCUGAGUAUUGUCAACGCUUUUCUCAGUAUUUUUGGAAGCGCCAUGAACAGUUUAGUGAUUGUAGCGAUUUACCAAAACGUAGAGCUUCAAAAGGGUCUGAAUUUGUUGAUCGUGUCCUUAACAGCCGCAGAUCUUAUAAACUGUCUGGUUGCGCAGCCAAUGUACGUCUACUAUCUUAGCAACGACGAGAGUAACAACAGCUACCUUGCAGCAUUCGAGAUAAUCGCUUACAUCGGCCUUCAUGUAGUUUUCUCUAACCUCGUUAUAAUCACUUAUCAUAGAAUGAAGGCUUUGGCCCGACCUUUCCAUCACCUUCUGCUCGUCGCGAGAAAAGAUCUCGUGGUGGUUAUAGUGUUGACUUGGAUCGUGUCCAUAGUUAUUGGUGUUGUGUUCGCAACGGAACCAGGAAAACGUGCCGGUGCCUCUGUCCAUGCUGCGAUGAUACUGAGCUUGGUUUUCACUUAUAUCAGAAUUCUGUGGGUGUCCUGGAGGCGAAGGAGAAGAAAAAUCGCGGAACAAGUAGGUACAGCCAAUUACCACCAACAAGCUGCCACCAUAGAGCAUGAGAACGCCGCGGCCAUCACAUCAGCCAUCUUGGUGGGCACUACCUUACUGUGUUUCUUGCCUGAUGUUGUUCUCGAUGUAAUGGGUGAAGGAGAAGUUAACAGGCGGUUGUGGACAUACACUCUGCUUUUUUCAAGCUCGGCGCUGAAUCCUUGUAUAGUUAUUUGGCGUAAUCAACGGUUCAGAAGAGCAGUGCUUGACACAUUUCGCCUCCGUAACUGAACAGCGAACAGAUUUCGUCUUACUAAACGAAAAAAAGGCUGAAUAAUGCAGCGAAUCGUGGAAUAUAAAUUAUAAAUAACCGCAAUUUUAAGUCGAUAAGACGCAUGUCAGUAUUAUAUAAAUCAAUACACGUUUGAAAAUUUAACUCAACUAUUAAGAUCUUAAAUCUAAAGGAAACAUAUAACAAGAUGUAAAAUUUUCUGGUAAUCUUCACUUAAUUCGUGGGCGGGAUUGUUCACGAAAGAGCUGUAUGCUUUUCAGUAGGACGUCUCAGUUAUUUUUAUAGCCAUUUUAUGUCGUAUAUUCAGAAAAUUCAGAAACUUACAAUUGUAGAUCACGAUGACGUAUAUCGAAUCAAAAUACAAAACACACUGAGGUUAGAGGCUGUAAAUUAAGUCAGUACGUUUAUUACAAUAUCUUGAGACGGAAAAGGAGAUAGAAGUUAUAAUUAAAACUUGUUGAUUUUUGUAGCUUCUAAAAUAAAACUGGCCAAGCUUCCAAUGUUUUCUUUAUAUUUAACAUAACCGCAGCUGUCGUUUUAUUAUAAAACUGCCAAUCAAUCAAUCAUUCGCCAUUACAUGAUAUGAAAAUAUAUUCAAGUGCUGACUGACUGCUGGCUUGGAAAUAUUUGAAUAGUCAGAACUAAUAAUUU